AUGCCGAGAAAACGGGAGUCUUCAGCAGAUGAUGUUGAGAUAGAGAUAGACGGGGAUUUGAGUGACAGUGAUGGUGAGAGGCAGGCAGGUGGAAGAGGAGGUGCAAAGGGCAGAGGCCGGGGGAAAAAACCAGCCAGUGAGGACGAAGAUGAGGACGAUGAGGAGGACGAACCUCCCAGGAGACGCAGGGGAGCGAAUAACAAGAAGAAGCCUGCCAAGAAACGUGGCGGUGGCGAUGAUGAUGAGGAUGAGAGUGAGGACGAGGCUCCCAAGAAGAAGCGAGGAGGAGCAGCCAAUAAGAAGAAAGGAGGCAAAGCCCAGGACAGUGAUGAGGAGGACAGUGACGCAGACAAAGGAAAGAAGGGGAAGAAGGGAGGAAAGAAAGGAGGGAAGGAGGAGGAGGACAGUAAAGGUAAGAAGGGGGACAAAGGGAAGAACAAGGGGAAAGACGAGGACAAUGACAAGGACAAGAAGAAGAAGAAAAAGAAGGACGACAGUUCCUCUGAUUCCAACUCCAACUCUGACGACGAGGAGGAGGACUCCAUGUCAGAGGGAGAGAUGGCCCGGCUAAUGGAGGAGGUGGAGGAGAAGAAGAAACUGAUCGCUAACAUCAGGAACAAGCCGUGGAGGAUGAAGCGGAGGCUUGUGCACCUGAAGGAGGCUCAACAGUUUGUGGAUAAGUUUGAAGGAGCUUUGGGCAAAGGAAAAGGCAGGAAGUGGUACGCCUACAAAGUGAUGAUGACGAAGAAAUGGAUCAAGUUCCAGAGGGAUUUUGAGAACUUCAGAACAGCCUGCAUCCCUUGGGAGAGGAAGAUCAAAGAAGUGGAAAGUCACUUUGGGUCAUCUGUGGCAUCUUAUUUUAUCUUCCUGCGCUGGAUGUACGGCAUGAACCUGGUUCUUUUUGGGUUUACGUUUGGACUGGUGGUCCUCCCCGAGGUUCUGAUGGGUCUUCCCUAUGGAUCUAUUCCCAGGAAGACUGUGCCCAGAGCAGAGCAGGACACGGCUCAGGACUACUCCGUCCUCAUGGACUUCAACGGCUACUGCAAGUAUUCAGUCCUGUUCUACGGUUAUUACAACAGCCAGAGGACGAUCGGCUUGCUGAAGUUCAGGCUGCCUCUGUCCUACCUCAUGGUUGGGAUCGGCACCUUCGGGUACAGCCUGAUGGUUGUGAUCCGCACAAUGGCCAAGAAUGCUGAUGUCGGUGGUGGAGACGGAGAGGAAGGAGAGUUCACAUUUGCCUGGAAGAUGUUCACCAGCUGGGAUUACCUCAUAGGCAACUCAGAGACCGCUGACAACAAGUAUGCCUCCAUCACCACCAGCUUCAAGGAGUCCAUCGUGGACGAGCAGGAGAACCAGAAGGAUGAGAACAUACACCUGCGGAGGUUCCUCAGAGUGCUGGCUAACUUCCUGAUUAUCUGCAGCCUCGGUGGCAGCGGAUACCUCAUCUACUUCGUGGUGAAGAGGUCUCAGGAGUUCGCUGACAGAGAUGACCUCAGCUGGUACGAGAAGAACGAGUUGGAGAUCAUCAUGUCUCUGCUGGGUCUGGUGUGUCCUCCUCUGUUUGAGACCAUUGCUGAGCUGGAGGACUACCAUCCUCGAAUCGCCCUCAAGUGGCAGCUCGGACGCAUCUUCGCCCUCUUCCUGGGAAACCUCUACACCUUUCUGUUUGCUCUGUUUGAUGAGGUCAACAACAAGCUGGAAUUAGAGGGGUCCAUUAAGAACGCCUCCAUCUGGGCCAUGAAGGAGUACUACGCUAACUUCACACGUCUGAUCAACGACACCGAGUCCACCCCACCCCCCAUGGACCCUUCUGAUGUCAUCAGAGGACCCUGCUGGGAGACUGCCGUUGGAAUAGAGUUUGUGAAGCUGACAGUGUCGGACAUCCAGGUGUCCUACCUGACCAUCCUGAUUGGUGACUUUGCCAGAGCCGUCAUCGUUCGCUUCCUCAACUACUGCUGGUGCUGGGACCUGGAGGCUGGAUUUCCAUCAUACGGAGAGUUUGACAUCAGUGGUAAUGUGCUUGGAUUGGUCUUCAAUCAAGGGAUGAUCUGGAUGGGUGCGUUUUAUGCUCCUGGGCUGGUCGGCAUCAACGUGCUCCGCCUCCUCAGCUCCAUGUACUAUCAGUGUUGGGCCGUGAUGGCCACUAAUGUCCCCCACGAGAGAGUCUUCAAGGCCUCCAAGUCCAACAACUUCUACAUGGGCCUGCUGCUCCUCAUCCUCUUCCUCAGUCUGUUACCUGUCGUCUACACCAUCAUGACCCUGCCGCCUUCGUUUGACUGCGGACCCUUCAGCGGGAAGCCGAAGAUGUUUGAUGUGAUCAUGGAGACCAUCGACCUGGACCUGCCAGCGUUCAUGGGGACGCUCUUCAGCUAUGCAGCCAACCCAGGCCUCAUCAUACCGGCUGUACUGCUCAUGGUACUCGCCAUCUACUAUCUGAACUCAGUGUCUGAGGCCUACCAAAACUCCAACAUGGAGCUGAAGAAGAAGAUGCAGAUGGCUCGGGAUGAAGAGAAGAACCGGAGGAACAACACAGACAGCACCAACCAGGUCAUGAAAGACCUUGAGGACCUGCUGCCGAACCGAUCCCUUGCCCCUCCACCUGAGCCUGAAAAUAUUGUAGAAAAGGCACCACAGCCAGAAGCAAAGCCGACUAAGACAAAGCCUGGGUCAGCUGGUAAAGGCGUUAACCUGCAGAAAGAUGUGGCUCUGGCAUCGCCCAACCCCAACGCUCGAGGGCCGGUGAGCCGGCCACCAGGGCCGAGAGGACCCGGAGCAAUGCCGGGGCAGAGAGGACCUGGAGCGAUGCCGGGUCCGGGUCCAGGUGGCGGACCGGGCCGAGGCCGUGGGAGGGGACCCCCUCCGAGAUAACAGUGUGAAAAAAUCACAUUCCUGCAGGCUGUGUUCAUCCCUCAGACAAUCUGUUCAUUUCACAGCUGGAGACAGAAAUAAGCUCAAAAACAAGGUGUUGGA